UCAAAUCAUUAGCUUUGCCUAUGUCAAUUAAUGAGGUGCCUGUAUUGAGUACAUGUGAAGAUCAAUUCAUAAGCCCAAUAGAAAAUGAAGCUGCUGAACAGUCAUUAUCAGAUAAAAAUAAUUUAAAAGAUAAUACAGAUAAUACUUCCAUGAUAAUUGACCUUACAAUUGAUGAUUCGUCUAAUAGUCCAUUGUCUAUUACUUUGGAACCAAUUGAAAAAAGAAAAAACUGCAAUGCUGAAGAUUUUUCAAGGGAUGAAGACGGGAUUAUUUUUAAAUUGUCUAAGGAAGUUGUACUUCCUAGUUUAUAUUGGAAGAGUGAACAUCUUAAUUCACAAAAUGCAACACUGUUUUAUGAACAAGACACUAAUGAUGUAACUGUCAAGAAAGUCUAUUUUGAUAAUAACCUUGUGCCAUCUAUAGAAAUAUAUGGCAAGAAAUAUGAAUAUACAACCCCUAUCACAACAAUGAAAGAGUUGGAAAAUCUCUUAGAAAAAAUCUAUCGAAUUGAAAAAUGUUAUGGUAGGGGUGGAUUUAUGUUGGAACAAUGUUUAGGAUAUUUUGAAAAUAGUUUAGUUCAAAUGUGUUCUGGCUGUGAAGGGUUGCUAGAAGAUCGAGAUUUUCAAAGAAUGAAAGCAAAACUUGAAAGCUCAAAACAAAAUUUUUAAAAGUUUUAUAAACCAAGUGA